UCAAACAUCUGGAUCUCUCUCCUCGUCCAGCUGCGUGUGGUUGCCGGUCAGCUGAUCCAGGCUGAGGGGAAAGAGGAACAAGCCAACCGCUAGCAUCCAUGAUGAUAAUCCAGCCUCGUCGUCCAGACAGCGUGUGAAAUGAAUGAAAUCGAUCCGUAAAAGACACUUUGAAACCUCGAGACCUCACCAGACCAACAGCAGAGCCUCUGUGUGUCCGUGUUCAACACCGAGCAUCGGAUCUCUUAGGAAAGCAGCAGUCCUCCGCUCUUCUCUUCUCCUCUGUUUACUGGAAACUUCCUCUCCUCUGCUGGCCACUGAAAGGCCUUUUUCCUUCAGCAGUGCCAGAAAAGGACGCUGCUGAAAACCACAGUGUCAGACUGAACUGGAUUCAAUGAGGGAGCCAGAUCAGGAGGAGCAGCCUGAAGCCACCAUGCCCCCCAAGUUUAAAAGGCACCUGAAUGAUGACGAGGUCACGGGAUCUAUUCGCAGUGAGAGGAGGAACCUGCUAGAAGAGGACUCUGACGAGGAGGAAGACUUCUUUCUGAGAGGCCCCACAGGACCCAGGUUUGGACCUCAAAAUGACAAAAUCAAGCAGGUGCAGUCGCAGGUUGACGAAGUGAUUGAUGUGAUGCAGGAGAACAUCUCUAAAGUGAUCGAGAGGGGCGAACGUCUCGACGACCUGCAGGACAAGUCGGAGAGCCUAUCGGACAAUGCGUCUGCCUUCAGUAGCCGAGCCAAACAGCUGCACAGGAGGAUGUGGUGGAGAGACAUGAAGAUGAAGAUGAUUAUUGGCUUGGUUGUGGUCGCUCUCCUGCUCAUCAUCAUCAUACCGGUGAUCAUGCGAUACCGCUAGUGUCUGAGGAGGAGGACGGAGGAGAACCUUCUUCUUCCUCGCUCCUUCUCCCUCCUCUACCACUCUUCCUCUCCUCUGCACACAGUCCUCCACUCCUGCUAGGGGGUGCCAGCCAACCUCCCAUAACCCUCCCCAGUAUUAGCCCGUGUACCCUCAAGGGUCUGACCUCGACUUGCCCUUAGUACAGACCUUACCAUUGGCUUUGCCACUGAAAUCUGCUGUGAGAUCAGCACUAAGGCUCCGUUAGAUCCCUGGCUUGAAACUUUGCUACAGAAAGGGAACACAACGGGUAAGAAAAGGGGGGAGAUAUUUAAUGCAGUGUGGGAGAAAACACUGACUCUCAGCCCCCUAGUCAAACGUGACGGAUCGUUCCAUUCCAUGAUACAUAUCACAUGUCAGGCCAUCAUAUAGAUAUUUAUAUAUAUACUGUAAAGGGAGGUAAUUCAUGCCAACUGUCGCUUCUUAGUUUCUCUAAUCUGAAUCUACUGGAGCAGCCUCGUACAAAGAUGCUGUAACAUCGACCAGAUGAAUCUCAGAUGUCUACCCCCAAUUCCCUUUGUGCUCUCUUGGUCCGAAAUGGACAAGGAGAAAGUUUAAAGGGAACAUUUUGUGAACACAAUUACAUUUCUCUGUCUUGACACGAGAUUUCAAUUAUCAGAUGUUUCCUCAUCGACUCAGCUGAUGGACCGGAAGAGAACGCACAUCUGUUCAGGCAACAUCCUGCUUUCUAACAUUAUUCUUACCUCGAUAAAUUGUCAUUUUCACAUGCCUCCUUAGAGUCUGUUGUACAGUACAACAGGACCAUGUAUAACCAAAACAUCCGGGUUAUGAAUGUCUCCUCGCCACCUCUCACCUUCCCCCUCCAGCUGAGCUCUGGGCCGGUUUGGUCAUGGCUGUCCUACAUUCCUGCUAGUGACAUGAAACCAUCUCUCACUCUGCAGAUGUUUUUAUUUUGGUAAUUUCAAUACGGCUUCUUUUUUCACCAUUUUUAAGUUCCUAUUUCUGCUGGUCGCUCAGUGUGGUGCUUUGUACGGACGCUGGUAUUCCCAUCUCAGCAGAUGGGACUGUUUGUCUCUGUGUCCUGUCACGUUUAGGUUUUAAAGAAGGUUCAUUUAAGUGAUGCAAGUUUGAAACUGUGAAACAAACAUAGGCGUCUUUGUGUCUGGGUUAAUUAAUUGUAUAAUACAAUAAAACUACAUUGUCAUUUUAUUUUUUUUAUGUAAUUUAUUUUAGCUGUAAAUAUUGAGUCUGUUGUGAUAUACAAUAUUCUGGCACUGCAUUGGAAGACUGUGAUAUAUUGAUAAUUUCUGCUCUGAAAUAAAGUGGUUUUU